AAGAAUUGACCAAUCAAAAAAUGCUUCGAAGCAUUUGUAGCGCCAAGUACACCUUCUGGCAGUCAAAAGAAUUUCUAACAGAUUUUCUAACCUCAAAAAACAUCACACCAAAACUACAAAAAACAAUACAUAAAAAAUUAUUUUUCCGAUUAAAUCUGGAUGACUCUUAUCAAAAAAUUUUAUUAAUAUAAACCCUGGAAGUUUAAAAAGAUAAAAUAUUUGAAUCAUUUUGACACUGAUUAUACAGCAGACAGUAUGUCAACAGACACAUAUGAAAGUGAAUUAAUAGCAGAAAUCACGGAGUUGCGUGCAUUGCUGCAUACAAAAGAAAUUGAAUUAGCUCAGUUGCGAUACAAAAAGCAAGUUUCACAGGAGUAUGGUUUGAAUAAUAAUGAAAUUUGUAGAUAUAGCCGGCAACUCUUUUUGCCAGAGAUUGGUGUACAAGGUCAAAAGAAGAUCAAAGACAGUUCCAUACUUAUUGUAGGGGCUGGUGGUCUUGGUUGUCCAGCAGCAUUAUAUUUAGCAUGUGCUGGUGUUGGUUGCAUUGGUAUAGUAGAUUAUGACGACAUUGAAAUAAACAAUCUUCAUAGACAAUUAUUAUAUACAGAAGCAAAUAUUGGAACUGCUAAAGUAAUUGCAGCAGCUGAAAGUAUCAAUAGGCUAAAUAGUUAUGUAAAAGUUGUUCCAUAUAAAAUUCAAUUAAAUAGUAAAAAUGCUAUGGAUAUCAUAAAGAAUUAUGAUAUUGUAAUAGAUGGUACAGAUAAUGUAGCUACUCGUUAUCUACUGAAUGAUGCAUGUGUUUUGAGUGGAAAACCAUUGGUUUCCGGCUCAGCACUGAAAUUUGAAGGACAUUUCUCGGUAUUUAAUUACAAUAAUGGUCCUUGCUAUAGAUGUAUAUUUCCUAUACCACCACCACCAGAAACUGUAACAAACUGUGGAGAUGGAGGUGUUCUUGGUGCAGCUGUAGGAAUAAUUGGCGUACUGCAAGCAUUAGAAACAUUGAAAAUAAUACUAAGUAUGUCUGAUAUAACUUCUGGACGACUUUUAUUAUUUGACGGAACGGAAACAAAGUUCCACAAUGUACGCUUGCGUCCAAAAAAUCCAGAUUGUGCAAUUUGCGGGGAACAUCGUGUUAUUCAUGAAUUAAUAGACUAUGAAGAAUUUUGUGGUGCAAAGGCUAAUGAUAAAGAGCCUAAUUUAAAUUUAUUAAAGAAAGAAGAAAGAAUAUCAGUUGAGGAAUAUAAUCAGAUUGUGAAAAUCGAUUCAAAACCUCACAUAUUAAUCGAUGUACGUUCACCUGAGGAAUAUCAAAUUUGUCACUUACAGAAUUCUAUUAAUCUUCCUUUUACACAACUUAAUAAGGAUCAUAAUUUAAAAUUAAUAAAAGACAACAUCAAGAAGGUGCAAGAAGAGCAUCAUUCAGUAGAUUUAUAUCUUAUGUGUAGACGUGGUAAUGAUUCGCAAAAGGCUGUCCAAUAUUUGAAAAAGAUAUUGGCCGAAGAAACCUUAGAAAUAAGAGACAUAAUUGGAGGUAUACAUGCUUGGAGUAAUAAAAUUAAUCAAAAAAUUCCUAAAUAUUGAUACAUUAUGCGAAAAUCAUACAUCAUACGUAUUGAUAUAAAAGAUAUUUUUAUAUCU